AUGCAGCAAAAGGUAUCUUCUAUAUAUAUUUUAAGUAUUUUUUUUUCAAUCAAUAAAAAUAUGGAGAAGCUAAUAGUUUUUACGAUAAAGCAUUAGAAUUAGAUUCUGAUCAUCUUUAAAGUUUAUUUGGAAAAGGUAUAAAUUUAAAAGAGUAAAGGUUAAUAUUUUAGAUUAAUUGAAAAUUAUGAUGCUAUAGAAUGGUAUGAUAAAGGAAUAAAAAUAAAACGAAAUCAUAUAAAUUCGAUUUGGGGGAAAGGUUAGAAAUUUUAUAUAUUUUAGGUGAAUGUUUGAGAAUGUAAGACAAUUUUAGAAAAGCUAUUAUGUAUUUUGAUAAAGCUCUAAAAUAUCAUCCUAAACAUUUCUUAUCACUUUAGGAAAAGGUAUCUCUAAUUUAUAUUUUUAAGGAGAAGCGCUCAGGAUGCUUAAAUAUAAUUAUGAUGCUUCUGUUGAAUAUAAACAAGCACUUGAAUUAUAACCUAAUCAUAUUAAAGGAUUAUUUGGUUAUGGAGAAGUACUAAAAUUAAUGAAGAAAUACCAAUAAUCUUUGUUGUGCUACAAGAAAAUUCUUGAUAUUGAUUAAGCCAAUAUGGAUGUAAUUGAAAUGUAGAACUAAAAUAAUUAAUGAUUUAAGAUGAGGUUGAGCAUUGUAUCUAAUAAUUGUAAUAAAAAGAAUAAAUUAAUACAUUAAGGAAAUAAGAUCUUCAAAG